CGCAGUCCAGAAAAUACAACCGUCGCUCUCGAGACAGAGGUUUGCAGGAGUUGCAGGAGUAAUUGUACCCACAGUGCUCUAGCAGCGAGACGCACGCACUCCCUGGUAAGAAGAGUUCGGCAAGGGAAUAAAGAGAAGUCUGAAAUCAUCCACACCGUCACCAAGGACUGUUUUAUAUGACGAACUGCUAAGAAGAAGCAGAACAAGUUAUUUCGCGCGUUUCUCCACUGUCACUACAUGGCAUCAGUUCUUGAAAGCAACACCCGCACCUCGGGAACUCCGAGCAGUCAAGUCAAAUGCAAGUUCAAAAGGAGAAGGAGAAGAAGGUCAAAGAGAAAAGAGAAAGUCAGCAUGCUCUCUGCAUUGAUCGCUCCCUUCAAGUACAUGAGCCCUGGGACCACCAGCACAGAGGAUGAGGACACUUUAAGCACCAGUAGCACUGAGGUCAAAGAGAACCGAAAUAUUGGUAACCUAGAGGACUGCUGUUCUAUUGUCCCAGGCGACCGCCAAUCACUGUUCAGAUCGGACACAUCUAGAGGUGGGACUUCCGGUCUGAAGAGGAAGCGGCCGUUGGAGGAGGACAAUAACGGACACCUGUGCAAACUCCGUCUGAUCUACAAGAAACUGUUGUGGUCGGACUCACCAAAGAAUGCCCUGGUGCAGCUGAAUGAGCUGAGGCCAGGCCUCCAGUACCGCAUGGUAUCGCAGACCGGCCCGGUCCACGCACCCCUGUUCUCAAUCGCCGUAGAGGUGAAUGGCCUCACCUUUGAGGGCACGGGCCCCACCAAGAAAAAAGCUAAGAUGAGGGCGGCCGAACUGGCCCUCAAGUCCUUCAUUCAGUUCCCCAACGCUCCUCAGGCUCACCUGGCCAUGGGUAACCAUGGCAACCCCUCUGCAGACUUUACCUCGGACCAGGCGGCAGACUUCCCAGACACUCUGUUCAAGGAGUUUGAGCCGUCGUCAUGUGGUGGCGUAGUCGGCGACAGCUUCUCCCUCUACCGGUCGGCGUCGGAGAAGAGCGAGCUGCGCCUCUCCAGCGCCCUCCGACACGGCCGAUUACUUCGCCACACGUUGGACCUAAUGGUGCAGGCCAAGCAGCGGCUGGCAGGGGUCCCUGUUACCAUCCCCACCGAGGCCCCCAAAACCCCUGUGGUGCUGCUCAACGAGCUGCGUCCAGGCCUGAGGUACGUGUGCCUGUCCGAGAGGACAGAGGGGCGGCGGGCGCGGAGCUUCAUCAUGGCAGUCCGCGUGGACGGGAGGAUAUUCGAGGGCUCUGGACGCAGCAAGAAGCUGGCCAAGACCCAGGCGGCCCAAUGCGCUUUGCAGGCCCUCUUCAACAUCAGGCUGGCUCCUGAGGGGAGAGGAGGCCUUAAACCCAGCAGGAAUAGAUGCCCUCAUUUGCCCCAGGACUUUGCCGACUCAAUAUUCCGCUUGGUGAGGGAGAAAUACCACGAACUGGCAGACAGCUGCACCCCCAUGCAUGCACGACUCAGAGCCCUGGCAGGCAUCGUAAUGACCAGAGGUUUGGACCUGAGACAAGUCCAGGUGAUAGCGUUAUCUACCGGGACCAAAUGUAUCAAGGGAGAACAUAUCAGUAACCAAGGACUGGUGGUCAACGACUGCCACGCUGAGAUCACAGCCAGGAGAGCCUUGGUCCGCUACCUCUACUCUCAGUUAGAGCUCUUCUUAAGCAAAAGGCGAGAGGACUGGGAAGAGUCGAUAUUCGUCCGGCACAAGGAGUCAGGGUACCGGUUGAGGGACAACGUCCAUUUCCAUAUGUACAUCAGCACGUCGCCCUGCGGAGACGCUCGCCUCAACUCGCCCUACGAAAUCACCACGGACCUGCACAGCAGCAGACACCUGCUGAAGAAGUUCCACAGCCACUUGAGGACCAAGAUCGAGUCCGGGGAGGGGACCCUGCCUGUGAGGUCCUCCAGAGGGGCAGUCCAGACCUGGGACGGGGUACUGCAAGGGGAACAGCUCAUCACCAUGUCCUGCACAGACAAGAUCACAAGAUGGAACGUCCUGGGACUGCAGGGGGCAUUGUUGAGUCACUUUGUGGAGCCGGUGUACCUCCACAGUCUGACGGUGGGCAGCCUCAGACACCCGGGUCACUUCAACAGGGUGAUGAGUCAGAGACUGGAGUGCCUCGGACCGCUGCCUGCCACUUACAGACGCAACCAGCCUCUUCUUAGUGGUCUGAGUGUCAGCGGUGAGUGUCGUCAGCCGGGGAAGUCUCUGUGUGUCAGUGUGAACUGGACUUGUGGGGACGGUCAGCUGGAGGUGGUCAACGCGGCUACGGGACGUAAGAGGGACUCUGGGACGCCAUCAAGGCUCUGCAAGCACGCUCUGUUCACCCGCUGGGCAAGGCUGUACCGCAAAUUGAGUAUCCAUGCUUCCGGGCCCGUGGACCAGCCACUGAUGUACUGUGAGGCCAAGAUGGCUGCCGGCUCUUACCAGACUGCCAAACAGCAGUGGCUCAGAUCGCUACAGGAGACAGGCCUGGGAAACUGGGUGAAGAAACCUCCAGAGCAGGAGAGCUUCCUGCUCCAGGACUAAGACAUUUCACUCCAUUCCAGCCAUUAUUAUUCACACGUACACCAGCUUCCUGUGGUGUGCGUGUCCGUGUUCAUCCGUCCGUUUGCGUGUCUGCAGAAGGAGCAUGUGGCAGUUGGUUUUAUUGUUGUCCGUUGACUUUGGUUUGCUCUACAAGCCUCCAUCUCCUCCUCGGCAAAAGCCACCUUUGAUGUUGGUCGUUCAAGUUCCACCAACAACAAAAAAAAGAACAAAAAAAAUGAAAACGGGAAUGAAAGAAAGUGGGUUUGAUCGGACCUCUCCUUCAUUAUCCCGCUGGUCCCUGGUUGUCAUGUCAAAGCUGGGGAGAAGGCAGGGAAGAAGGCAGGGUAACCUUGGUCAAUGUGAAAGGCUGCCGCUAUCUUGUCAUCAGCCAUUUGGGGGCGGCGGUGCGCCUGGAGAGCUCCAGCGGGAUGGGGGACAGGGCCAGCCAAUUACAGAGCCUGUCAUUGUGACGUGUGAUGGACAGAGAGAUGGAGAAAGAGAAAAGGACCACAGAGAACCAGAUAGACAACUCACCGUUCCACACACACACGCCCUCUUGCCACAGGCCUCGUUCACAUAUAUCUCACCUUUCUCUCUCCCU